AUGGAGACUGACUCCUCUGCUUCAACUCUUCGUGUCACCGUCGUCCAAGCUUCCUCCGUCUUUCAUGACACUCCGGCCACCAUAGAUAAGGCAGAGAAGCUACUAGAACAAGCAGCAGGGCAGGGAUCGAAACUCAUCUUAUUUCCGGAAGCAUUCAUUGGAGGAUACCCUCGAGGAUCGAAUUACACCGAUCGGACCCUUAAAGCCAAACAAAAGUUCCUCAAUUACCAUGCCUCUGCCAUCAAAGUUCCGGGUCCUGAAGUGGAGAGAUUGGCAGCAAUGGCAGAAAAACACAAAGUGUAUCUAGUGAUGGGAGUGAUAGAGAAAGAAGGAUACACUCUCUAUUGCACUGUUCUCUUCUUUGAUCCAAAUGGGCAUUACAUGGGGAAGCAUAGGAAGCUAAUGCCCACGGCCCUUGAGCGGCUUCUUUGGGGAUUUGGUGAUGGAUCCACACUUCCGGUUUAUGAUACCCCUAUUGGUAAAAUCGGAUCUGUUAUUUGUUGGGAAAACAAGAUGCCCUUACUAAGGACAGCCAUGUAUGCCAAAGGCAUUCAGAUAUACUGUGCCCCUACUGCCUUCGACGGGGAAACAUGGCCGGCGACGAUGACUCAUGUUGCCCUCGAGGGGGGAUGCUUUGUGCUAUCUGCUAACCAGUUCUGCAGGCGGAAGGAUUAUCCCCCACCGCCGGAAUAUAGAAUCAGCGCCACGGAUCAAGAAGAAGAAAAUAUGUUGCCGGAGACGGUGGUGUGCAGGGGAGGCAGCAUGAUUGUCUCGCCUUUUGGGAAGAUUCUUGCAGGACCCAACUGGGAAGAAGAAGGCCUUGUCACAGCUGAUAUUGGUAAACUUGUAGUAACAAUAACCAUCCUUAAUUUGAACCUCUUUCCUUAA